UCACUUCACAAUUUUGUGUGUGUUGUUUUUAUGUGGUGUGAAGUCUGGACCUCUCGAUUGUGAUGUCCUUAGAGAAUCUAAUUCCUCAAACAAAAAUACAACUUUUUUCGUAAUUAAUACUCAUUUUUAAAAACAAUUCAAAAAACGACCCAUAAAAUUAACGAUAAAACCAAAUUGAAUACAUUUAUAGUACCUAAGAAAUGGCGUCAUUAAACUACUUAAGAGCUUCUUUAAGGUCAAGUAAGCAACUUCUUACUGGAUUACGUGUUUUACAAAAAUUCCCUCGAAAAUGUUCUUCAAAUUUUGAGCGAGUUGUUGGCAAGAGUGAAACCAUGAGCGAAAUCAAGUUUAAAAUGAUGAAAAAUCUGGGUUUAGAUUGCGGAUACAAUCCCCAACCUAAAUCAAGAGAGCAUUUGCUGCAAUACGAACCGAAAUUGGAAGAUUUACCUCCCAGAUCGAUGCAAGACUCAUUUUCUUCUGCAAUUAUUCCCUUGAGUGUCAGUAAAUCACUGCAAGACAGAUAUGUAGCACUCUUGGGACACGUUCGUCUUGGAAGGCUUAUGGAAGAUAUGGAUUUGUUUGCAGUUUGGGUGUGUCAUCAGCAUUUGAAAAUCCCCAAACUGGAUCCAUCUGUGUCUUUGCCCUAUACCUUUGUAACGAUUCUUGUCGAUAAAAUUUCGUUUACGGACUUUACGCCAGUUGCAAACCAGGAUAUUCAACUCUCAGGUCAUGUGUCUUGGGUUGGUAGGAGUUCCAUGGAAAUUGUAGUAUGGUUGGAGCAAUUACAAGGCGACAAAUAUCAAAAAAUUACUCGAGCCCUUUUCCUGAUGGCAGCCAGAAACGCAACCAACACUAAAGCUGCUCCAGUAAAUCCACUCGUGCCCGCAAAUGAACAUGAAAAAACGAUCUUAGCUGGCGGUGAACUACGCAAAGAAAGAAGAAGGCAAGUGCAAGCAAAUUCAUUGCAAAAAUUGGAACCAACAGCUGAAGAACAAAAGAUUAGUCAUGAAUUGUUCUUGAGGACUACACGAACCGACUUGAUGGAAUUGAAUUCUCGAAUAUUGCCAGAAAAUGCCCGCUGGAUGGGCGACUCUUCGGUUGUUUCAACGAUGGCUUCUUUUCCUGAAAAUCGAAAUGCACACAACACAGUGUUCGGUGGAUUUCUGAUGCGCAAUGCAUUGGAAAUAAGUUGGGUUUGUGCCUCGCUAUAUUGUGGCGAACGACCAAAGCUCGAAACAAUUUGCGACAUUAGUUUUCAGAAGCCAGUAAAUGUUUCAUCGUUUUUAAAAAUAUACACUCAUGUUGUUUACACUCAAGAUAAUUACAUACAAAUUAUGACAGUGGUCGAUCCGAUUGAUCCAAGUUCCGGCAAUCUAGUUACUUCGAAUAUUUUCUACUAUACCUAUACAGCACCCUCUAAAGUGCCAGAAGUACUGCCACGAACCUACGACGAAACCCUAUGGUACAUCGAUGGGCGAAGAAAGUUUAAAUAUGCUUUGGGAAAUGAAUUGGUGUAUUAAUUAUUAUUAAUAUCAACUCCUAUAAACUAGUGACAAAAAUAUAUAUAUAUGUAUGUUAAUUUUAAACCGACUUAUUAAUGUAACUUCUAAAUGUUGUGAACGCUAACAAGGCUAUGAAAUAGUAAUAAAUAAAAUGCUUGUUAUUUUAUUUUCA